AUGUCGAGUGCAUGCAUCAUCUGCCAUAAGCGUAAGGUGCGGUGUGAUUUCACGACCCACAACCCCUGUACCAAUUGCAUCAAAUCUCAAGUGGAGUGCAAACCCUAUACAAGAAAGAGAAAAAGAUUCACCAACAGUCUUUCGCCGGAACGAAAUGCGCCAGCAUCGGAUUUUGAGAGCCGGCGCAGUUCCAAAUUGCCCACGGAUCCGCCUCCUGAGAGUGAUAUCGCACCAAGGUCAUCUUCAAGGGAAGUGACUGGAGAUUCUGUCGUCAUCAACGAGACCUUGAAUUCAAUUGAGAAUAAUGUGACUGGGCCAUUUAUCAAAGAGGAGAGCUACCGAGGUCGAGGCGAGUAUUUGGGCGGCAGUGUUCCAUUUGAUGAAAAUAUGGUCAGACCCGGCCAUGAGACCACAUAUACCAGCCCAAAAGCCUCUGCAGCAGACCUCCAGAUGCUACGUGAGCAAGGAGCGUUUGAACUUCCUCCAAUAUCAAUUCAGAAACAGCUAAUGGACAGCUUCAAUAAGUACUGUGCUCCAUGGACGCCUGUUGUUGACCCCAUAUGGCUGGAUGGAAGAACGCCACCCUCUAUGCUCCUAUUGCAGUCCAUGUUUCUAGCGGGAAGCAGGGUCUCAAAAGCACAUCUGGACUACGGAUCCAGUGAAGUAUUCUAUCGACGCGCAAAGCUACUCUUCUUCUUUGGUGGAGGCCAUGGAUCACUCAUCUCCAUUGUGGCCGCCUGUCUCUUGCAUUGGUAUAACCCUGUUGGGCCUGAAGACGUUUCUACGGACACCAGUGGAUUUUGGAUCCGAACAGCGGGGGCAAUGGCUUUCCAAAUUGGCUUACACAAGGAACCCUCUCCGAAUGCUAAAGAUCGGGGACUUCGUCGGCGAUUAUGGUGGUCGUUGGUGAUUCGAGAUAAUGUUAUCUCCGUCGGAGUGGGAAGGCCACGUACAAUAAAUCUACGUGACAGUGAUGUACUGCCCCCAUCAGUGAAAGAUUUCCCAAAGAAAGACUUUCAAACACAGCUCUUCUUAGCGUACUGCACAAUAUCCUGCCUUCUGGGCGAUACCGUUGAGUGCUGUUUACGACGAGAGAUCUCCAGACAACGACGGGUCGACCUCGAAAACGCCGUUUUUAGGUGGGCCAAGCAGGUGAUUCCAAAGCUGCACUCAUCUGCGGCGAUUCAGGAAGACACCAUGACCUGUCAGCUUGAAGUGAAGCAAUUGUUGGUGAUGUAUUUCGUUGCACUGACAAUCUUGCACCGUUCGCCGACACCAAACAGUGUCCCACCCGCUGCAUCACUAAUCGCAUCGUCAUUCAUCGCCGGUAUCUACGAGGAGUUUCUUUUACGCGAUGAGCUCCGCUAUCUUGGUCCGGUAUUUGCAUUUUAUCCGCUCUGCGCAGGUCUUUCUCUCCUCUCCUGUUGUCGAUAUCCGCAACUAAAAAGUGCCGCCGAGCAUGAAAUGACUGUCAUGAAACUCUCACUCCAAAAACUAUCCGAAAGGUGGCUUUCUGCGGUUGGCCCAUUGAGAGCGCUGAAUAAAUUGACCGAAAAAGUCCGCAGCCUUGAACCAUUCGACGCUCCCCCUAUUUUGGACUUCGAAACCGCUGCGUUCUUCGACGGAUUUGAUGUUAAGAUGUGCAAACAAUGGCGAUUGAUUGGGCAGUCUUCCGAAUCGGAGAGCAGCGGUACCAUUACGACGACUUGUACGUUGGCUGAAGUACAGGACCCCGAAGCUACGCUUUCACCGUUUGAGACGCGACAAGAAGACAACCUUGACAACUACAGUUUUCCAGCUUUGGAUACCAAUAUGGAAAUUUUUGGCACUGACUGGGAAGGAUCUGGGUUUGAUUGGAGUGGUUCUUGGUUACUCAACGUAUAG